AUGGCCACCAAAAUUUUUCUGUCUCCUCUUUUUAUACUCAUUGCUUUCCUAGUCCUAGUCCAAAUUCGCUCCUCUGAAGCCGGUGAUGACAUAAUCGGCGUUUACUGGACUCUGAUGGAUGAUAAUAGUAAUCUUACAGCAACAUGUGCCACAGGAAAAUACACUUACGUGGUCAUAUACUAUCUCCAGACCUCUCGGGAUGAGUUUAACCCUCAAUUCAGCAUCCCAGGUGGUACCUGUGACCCUCGUUUAUCAUGCCCCUCCAUUGGCCCAGGUGUCAAAUAUUGCCAAGAACAAGGGAUCAAGGUGAUGCUCUAUAUUGCUGGAGACGGUUGGAAUGUCACUCUAUCUUCUGCUGACAAGGCUCGAAAUGUCUCUGAUUACUUGUGGAACACUUUCUUGGGAGGAAAUUCAUCUUCUCGCCCAUUUCGAGAUGCCAUAUUAGACGGCAUCAAUUUUGAUAUCCGCUACUUUACCCCUCACUGGAAGGACCUUGCUCAUUACUUGAAGUCACACAGCACUUCAACACGAACGGUCUACUUAUCUGCAUCACCUCCAUGCCGAUUUCCUGAUAAUUUUCGUGGCACUGCCCUUGAAGAACAUGGCCUUUUUGACUAUGUCUUCGUACAAUUCCAGAACGACCCUGCCUGCCAAUAUUCAGAAUUGCGAGGUAAUGUCUUAUUACUAGAAUCAUGGAACAAUUGGACGAAAGCAUUAGGAAGUCACCCAACUAUGGUGGUCUGA